AUGAUAUCUUUGAUUAAAGUUUUCCAUAUAUAUUUUGUAAAUUAUUUAUGUUUGUUUUAACGAGAUUUAAAACACAUAUCAAGUGAAAAAGACUAUUUUAAAAAUAAACGUAUGUUCUCCAAGAAAAUGUACUUAAGAAUUUUUUUCGUUUAAUUAAGCACUUCAAGUUGUAUUUUAUCAUCAAAAAUAAUUGAUAAUCAUGUCUGUACUGUGGGUGGUUUUCUGUAUUAUAAUUGAUUUAGCAAUUGUUCUGGCAAAUUUGAUGGAGCAACUUUUAAUUGUGCAGAAAUGGAAUAGUUUAGACCGCAUUGAUUUUUUGCUUUUAAGUUUAUCUGUUUCUGAUUUCGCAAGUGGUAUUGCUUCGUUAGGAAUAGAUGUUUGGCAUCUUUCUAGAGAGAUGACGUUGACAUUUGUUCCCAUAAUUUCUCAGGAAUUAAUGAUAAAAUCAAUUGAUUCUGUUUAUUUAUUUUCAGUUUUUUCAUCAACUUUCCACGUCAUAGUGCUUGCUAUUGAACGUUUUUACGCCAUUAAAUAUCCAAAAAAGUAUUACGUCAUAAACAAGUUUAAAACAAAAUUUGGUACAAUAGCAAUUAUUUGGAUGAUCACAUUAAUUUUUACUCCUAUAUUUUCAAUGUUAUCGAUUUGUUUAUUAAAUACAAGUAUUUAUAUCCGAGCUUGCUUGUUUGCAUUUAUUGCAUUUUUUGUAAUGGUGAUUUACGUAUAUAUAUUCAUAUUAUUAGUAGUGCAAAGGAAAUCAGUUGUUCACGAUUUUGGUUCGAAAUGCAGUCUACAUCAGGAUCACUUGAAAAUAAUGACAACACUUUGUAUUUUUAUUGGGGCAAGUUUUGCUGUUUGUUUAAUGCCAAUCACAGUUUGUUAUUUUAAUGAGGAUAUUUAUCAACCUAUUGCUAACCUUGAUAAUCUUUAUCAACCUAUUGGUAACCUUGACAACCUUUAUCAACCUAUUGGUAUUUUUGCAAUCACUCUUGAUUCUCUAAUAAAUCCUUGUAUAUACUUUGCAAAGGUAAUAUAUGAAUCUCGAAGCAUCAACAGAUCGCGUUAUGAAAAAACACAUUAUUUACUAGAAGUUCAAAACUAAAUUAUCACAAUAUUAUAUUUAUUUAAAACAUAGAAAAUAAUACAAUGAUAAAUCUUCGAGUUUAAUUACGAGCGACUUCCUAUUGGCCACAAUUCAUUUUGAAAGGUUUUCAAUAUACUUUGAGAAAGAAGAAGGAUUAAAAGACAAAAAGAGUAUUGAAGUUUUAAAAAAUGUUAAUGAAAAUACAUUAUUAAGAAACGAAAAUAAUAAAUACCAAAAUUUUGUAUGAAACAAACAAGAAGACAUGAAGAAACUAGAGAAAAUAUGAUGAAAUACCAAGGUUUUGUACAAGAUGUAAAGAAGUUAAAUUUUUAAGGUCAUAUAAAUUUGAUUAUAAAAUAAUGGUAAACUUUAACUUUUUAUUAUAUAUAAAUGAAAUAGAUUUUUUACAAUCUUUUGAAAAUUUAAUAAUAUUUUU